AUGACUAGCCCAUUCAAGGUGCAGCUAAUUUACAAUACCAAAUUGAAGAAUCAGUCAAACAUAACUGAAUUCAUUCUGCUGGGAUUUGAAGAGCAUCAGCUAUUGCAGAUUCCUCUUUUCACCCUGUUUCUUCUCAUCUACAUUGUGACAAUGGCUGGGAACAUCAUUCUUAUCCUGCUUGUUACCAUUGACUCACACCUUCAUACCCCCAUGUACUUUUUCCUUGGGAACCUCUCCUACUUAGAGAUCUGCUGCAGCUCAAAUAUCUUGCCAAGAAUGCUCUACAGUUUUCUUACUGGAAGGAAGACAAUUUCUGUCAAUGCAUGCUUUAUGCAAGAAUAUGUUUUUGGUUCCUUGGGAUCUGUGGAAUGCUACCUCUUAUCUGUAAUGUCUUAUGACCGAUAUUUAGCUAUAGGUAAGCCACUACAUUAUGCCACCGUGAUGAGUAGCAAGUUAUGUCUCCAGCUGAUAGUCACCUCUUGGAUUAGUUCUGUUCUUUUAAGUAGCAUAACCUUGAUUUUAAUAUCCCAGCUAGUUUUCUGUGCCAGCAAUGAAAUUGACCAUUAUUUUUGUGACACCUUCCCUCUCAUAGAACUCUCUUGCAGUGACACCCAUAUAUUAAAACUGUUUCUAUAUGUUUUAUCCUCUGUAAUCACAUUCCCUCCAUUUACAUUGACCUUAACAUCAUACAUUUUCAUCAUUGCAGCCAUAAUGAGAAUUCCGUCCACCACAGGGAAACAAAAGGCAUUUUCCACUUGUUCCUCCCAUCUCUUGGUAGUUACGUUUUUUUAUGGCACACUGAUUAGCAUAUAUGUAAUACCAGGUAACAAUAGACUGAAUGGCCUUCACAAAGUUUUCUCCAUUUUCUAUACCAUCCUGACCCCCAUGGUCAACCCCAUCAUAUACAGUCUGAGAAAUAAAGAGGUAAAGGAUGCCUUGAGAAGACUCACCUCUUUACUCUUAGUUAAAACUCAGAAGAAAAUCAGAUACAGCAACAGGUCCAUGUUCUGA